AUGUUUGUUUUUUCUUUCUCUCUUAUUGUUUGUUUGUUUUUUCUUACUUAUUGUUUGUUUUUUCCUUCUUAUUGUUUUUUUCCUUUUUAUGGUUUGUUUGUUUGUUUUUUCUUUUUUAUUGUUUCUUUGUUUUUUUCUUUCAUUCUUAUUUGUUUGUUUUUUCUUUCUUAUUCUUUGUUAGUUUUUUCUUUGUUUUUUUUUUAUUCUCUCUUUUUUAUUGCUAGUUUGUUUUUUCUUUCUUUCUCAUGUUCUUUCUUUCUUUCUUAUUGUUUUUUAUUUGUUUAUUUAAUUAUUCUUUCUUUCUUUCUUUCUUUCUUUCUUUCUUUCUCAGAUUUUUUUUCUUUAAUAGAGCUAAUACGCUACCGUGCAGACCCAAUUAAUUAUAACCUCUUUACGGAACAUCUAUCUAUCUAUUAUCUAUCUAUCUAUCUAUCAUCUAAUCUAUCUUUAUUGUUGAAUCUAUCUAUCUAUCUAUCAAUCUAUCUGAAAUUUGAAUCGUUAUUUAAUUUCUUUUAUAAUCUCUUUCGGAAUAUUUAUCUAUCUCUCAACAUCUAUCUUUUUAUUUAUUUCAUCUUAAUUUUUGUUUGUCUGACUAUCUAUCUAUCUAUCUAUCCCAGUGAAUUUCUUGUCUUCCUAUCUAUCUAUCUAUCUAUCUAUCUAUCUAUUUAUCUAUCUAUCUAUCUAUCUAUUGGAUAA